UUUGUUCUUUGUUUAACUUUCAGUCUUUGUUAGGGGUGAAGCUUAGUACGAAGUGGUUUUAGUAGGAAAAUUGACAAUAAUGACAGAAGACCAAGUAUCUACCAGUUCAAGUUUGUCAAGUCUAUCUUCCAGACGGAGUUACAUGGGUGAAAAUGAUGUGGUCAAACAUGCAAUUACCAGCCUCGGAAAGAUGAAAGUAUUUUUUUCUCAAAACAUGCUUACUGAUGUUACUCUAGUGGUUGGUGAUCGUCGCAUACCUGCACACAGGUUAGUGCUAAGCUCUGCAAGUGACUACUUUGCAGCCAUGUUCACCAACAAUUUACGGGAGGCCGUUGAACAGGAAGUUGUGCUACAUAAUGUUGAUCCAGAUGCACUGAGCUGUCUGAUAGAAUAUUGUUAUACUGGAACCAUUGAGCUACACGAGAAUACGGCAGAAGUACUUUUGUCAACUGCUUCUUUACUUCAGUUGCAUGAAGUUGUUCGCUUCUGUUCAGGCUUUAUGAUACAUCAGCUUCAUCCAUCCAACUGUAUUGGAAUUCAUCUGUUUGCUGAGUCCCAAGGUUGCAUAGAACUACAAAAAACUGCAUACAACUACAUAAUGGAAAAUUUCACAGAAGUUAUACACAAUCAAGAAUUUAUCUUGCUUCCUUCUGAAGAACUCCAUGAACUUCUUCUCAGUGAUGAUAUUAAUGUUCCAAGUGAAGAAAUUGUAUUCCAUUCUCUCAUAACCUGGCUAAAUCAUGAUGUUAGUAAUCGUAAGAAGCAUUUAGGAAAACUUUUGGGAGCAGUGAGGCUUCCUCUUCUAGCCCCACAAUUCAUUGCUGAUCAUGUAGAAGAAAACAGUUUAUUAAGGAGUGAUAGAAUGUGUCAAGAUCUCAUUAUGGAAGCACUUAAAUAUCAUGUUUUGCCAGAACGACGAUCUCAACUUCAGACACCUCGUACAAAGCCCAGAAAAUCCACUGUUGGAGCCCUUUAUAUUGUUGGAGGUAUGGAGUAUUGUAAAGGGACAAGCAGCAUAGAAAUGUAUAACUUUAGAACAAAUGUUUGGACUCGUGUGGGGGCAAUGAAUGGACGUCGUCUACAAUUUGGGGCGGCUGUGAUUGAUAACAAGCUCUUCAUUGUAGGAGGAAGGGAUGGUCUAAAGACACUAAAUACAGUUGAAUGCUAUGACCCAAAAACCCAAACUUGGAGUUCUAUGUCAUCUAUGUCUACUCAUAGGCAUGGCCUUGGGGUUGCAGUCUUAGAAGGUCCAUUGUAUGCUGUUGGGGGUCAUGAUGGUUGGAGUUAUCUUAACACUGUGGAACGAUGGGAUCCUCAGACUCGUCAGUGGAGUUACGUGGCUCCAAUGAACACGCAGCGUAGCACUGCAGGAGUAGCUGUUUUGAAUAACAGAUUAUAUGUUGUUGGUGGACGAGAUGGAAGUUCAUGCCUCAGGUCUGUGGAGUGUUUUGACCCUCACACUAACAAGUGGACACAAUGUGCUUCCAUGUCUAAGUGCCGAGGUGGUGUUGGUGUAGGUGUGAUUAAUGGUUAUCUUUUUGCUUUGGGUGGACAUGAUGCUCCUGCUGUUAAUCCAAGCGCCUCUCGAUUUCAGUGUGUUGAGCGUUACGAUCCCAAAACUGACGUGUGGACUGCUGUUAGUCCGAUGAGUAUUGGUCGUGAUGCUAUUGGAGUAAGUGUCUUAGGUGAUAAGCUCUUUGCUAUUGGAGGUUAUGAUGGGCAGGCAUACCUGAAUUUAGUAGAGACUUAUGAUCCUCAGACAAAUGAAUGGAGUAAAGUUCAACAUUUGGCCACUGGCCGAGCUGGCAUGUGUGUCGUUGUCAUCAAAUCGGACUUGUAAAAAAAUCAUAAGAAGAAUGUUGUGAUAACUUGUGUGAUACUGUAGGUCAACAGAGCAGAAACAUAUAUACAUAGACAAUGUGGAAAAUUUUGCAGAAGCUCUGAAGAAAAAGUAGUAUACAAUUAUCCAUCCCAAUCUUUAAAAUUAUUUUAAAGAAAACAUAGUGAAUGUUGAAAUAUAAACCUUUAAAUCAGUGAUAUACAUGUGUGGAACAUAAAAUGCUGUAAUUUAAGGCCCAUACCUGGAGAGGAAUUUAUAUGAAGAAUAGAUUUUGUACAUGUGAAGGAAUUUACUGACUUAAUAGAUUGAAUACAAAAAAAAUCAUUCAUUACUAUGUUUUAAUCAGCCAUGUGAGCUCAAUUACUUCAGCUGAAAGCAUGACUUCUACAAUCAUAGAGCUGUGUAAGUAUGUGUUGUAACUACUGAACUGCUCAAUUGGUAAAACAAUCCUUUGAAUCUUUGAUAAUCUGAAGUGAAAUGUCUUAAUUAUACAUUCUGUUGAAACAGAGAAACAAUUUUAUAUAGAUGAUAAAAAUAACUUUCCAUACAUUAUAGUUGACAUUUUGGGUGGAUGUUGUAAAAGCGUUAGUAGGAUUUUUCCUGACUAGUGAUAAAUAAUGUUUUAUGUGAGUUAGUACAAAUUAGCUGUGAACUCAAGCUUUAAAUUGCUGUUGUAAAAAAAAAAAGAUUGUUUUUUUUUUCAGGUAGAAUUAUCACUGAGUUUGCUGUAAUAAAAAAAUGCCCAUAAAAACCAUAAAAUGCAAAACUGAAAAUUGUAGGUAUUUUCCCAUGGACCUAACAAACCUUCAUGCCAAAUUUGGUGAAAAUCCAUCAACAGGGGGCUAAGUAGUGGUAAAACAUGCAAAAUGUAACACUGAAAAUUUGUAUGUAUCUCCCCAUGGACCCAAUGAACCUCCAUACCAAUUUUGGUGAAGAUCCAUCC